AUGGGCGGUCCACGCGCGCAGCCUCUCCAGCCUCCCACCGCGGACGCAGUGCGCGCCAGGCAGGCCUCGGAAGGUGUUGUCGUGCACCCUUCUCGUCUUCCACUGCUGAACAGGGACGUGUACGGAAUCAUUGGUAACGUUCAGAGGGUGUUGUGCAUGCCCACGGGGCAGAGCGGCGAGUGGUCAGAGGCAGCGUGGCACCGGCUCUUCGACGCUCUUUCGCGCCCCAAGCGCAGGCGCCAGCCGACGCUUCCAGCGCUGCUCGCGCCGCCGGUGGCGCCGCCGCCGCCACCGCCGCCACCGCCGCCAGCGCUGCCGGCGCCCCCGGCGCCCCCACAAGGCAACGAGGCGCCGCAGGGCAACGGCGAGCAGAACAGCGAGGCGAACAGCAGCGAGGACGAGAGCAGCAGCUCGACCACAGACGCCGACCAGGACAAGGAGACCGACGCGCCCCUUGAGGAGGACGAGGGCAAGGACAGCGAGGCGCAGCCAAACACCGACCAGGAGAAGAGCGAGGAGCCAGGAGGCGACGAGGGCAAGGACAGCGAGGCGCAGCCAAACACCGACCAGGAGAAGAGCGACGACAGCGAAGACGAGGAGAGCGAGCAGCCGCCUGAGCACUACAAGGCCCUGAAAGAGCAGCUGGAGGCUUCUCGGGCGCUCGAGCAAGAGCUCCGCCUGGAAAGCUGGCUUCUACGAAACCAGACCGAGGAGCUCGAGGCCGACAAGCAGAAGCUCCAGGAAGAGAACGACCAGCUUCUGGAGAGCCACAAGGAGCUCCCGGAGGCGAACGACACCUUGGAGAGGGAGGUGAAGCGCCUGAAGCUGGAGGCAAUGCCAGACCUCUUCGACGAUAUGGGAGAGGCCGUUUCUGACUACAACUACGUCGUGAACGACCGCGAGCCCGCAGUCGGGGAAGUUCACGAUGGCCAGAUCGAGAUGGCCGACUUCAUGGCCGCGGCGCUCCGCCCCGUAGACGGCGUCCGCACAGUCUGGGCGUUGUUCGAUGUUCAGGAGAACGUCCCGAAACAGGAGUGGUCCGACAUCGUCAGAGCCAUCCAGACGAAGAAUUACGCAGUCGCUUUCCAGCAGCCCCUGCCGGAGAACUGCAAGGUAAAUGCCCUGGCGCAGUGCAAGGCCGACGACACCAUGACCAUCAUCAAGACCAUUCUCUUCGAGUCGCCGGCGCCCGUGUCCGAGGUUCGCGCCGCGUGCGCGGGCGCGGCGAAGGCGCGCGUGCGCCGCCCAGGCCCGUGGAAGGUGAAGAAGGUUGUUCACCGCGUGAUGUGCAGCAUCACAGGCAAGUUCGUGACGUGGACUGCGUUGAAGCCGCGCUCUAAACAAGGUAUUGCUUACAUCAAUAAGCACGCCGAGACAGACGACAGCCAGAACGAGAUGACGUUCUGCAUAUAUGACAACAUCCGCGAAGUGUCUGAUACGCCGAUCAUGGGAUGGCCAGAGGGCAAGGUUCGAUUCAUGGUGAACAACAAGGCGAGAGCAAAGAUGGGCGCAGAAACACAGCAUUUCCACCCCAUGCUCACGAGUGACCUCAAGCCGGUGCUCGCCUACACCAUCGUGACCAUCAUCAUGCCGUUGCUUCUGGAGUUCGGCAUCGUCCUCCUGGGCUGGCCUGGUCUUGGAAAGACGCCAGCGUUCAUCACUCUGGCAAUGGCAAUUGGGAGGUACAGCGUCCGCAACCGCGGCGCUACAGGAAGGCCAGGUUGGCGCCGCGGUAAGCGUUUCGACGUUUUCCGCCACCGCGAGUUCGGCCAGGAGGAAGCGUGCUUUCUCGACGACGCUGAUCUUGGGAGCAUAGAUAUAUCAACCAUCAAGAACUUCCUCGACGUGGCGGAGGACACCACGGCAGACGCGCGCUACAACGAUUGUAAGUUCCGCCAGAAUCAAAUGAGGGGCAUCGCAGACAACGCCGUCAACGAGGAGGACGAGCCUUCACCAGAAGUUGGUCACGAGAUACCGUUCAAUUCGUCUUACAAGAUGAUGCGGACUGCAUUCGCGGGCGCGUCCAAAGCUCACGUCAUGGCUAUCUUGAAGAGGUCCAUCGUGGGUGUUGGCGGCAAGCAUGGCUUUAUCUUGAGGCUGCCUAGCAAGGACGAAGAUGCGCCCGUGUUCCGCUUCACAGACGAUGAUAUCGCAGACGAUUGGCUGCGGGAGGCGAACAAGCCGUUCCUGAACAAAUUCAAAAAGGGCGUCCACACUUUGCCACCAGAUUUCCAGACCCGCAAUGAGCAGGAGCAGAACAUGAUCGACGCGGCCUUCGCGAAGUACAACUUGCACAUGCGGUCGGCUGACUACAUCCGCGACGCGAACGAGGAGCUCAAGAAACACUUCCAACCGAGCCCCGCCGCUAUGUUCGACAACUUCAUUCCUAAUACGUUAGCGUCGGAGGAUCCGACGCGACCCGCUGCGGCGACAGCCAAGCCAGCCGCACCGCAUGGCAUCAAAGUAAGUGAGAACAGGGCGCGCAAGGACAAGUACGGGUUGUCUUACAGCGGAACAGAGCCAACAGGCGCCCAACACAACGUGGGCCUCACUAGGUUGGAGCAGCCCGCCUACGAAACCAUCUUGUCGCUCAGCCAGAAACAGGCCAAGAAGUAUCUCGAGGACGCAGGCGUUCUUCCACAACCUGAUGAUGAACUUGAGUUUGUCUGCUGGUCCUGCAAGAGCCCGAUUGUGAGCUCGGAGGGCGUCUUCCGCUGCCAUGGGAAGGGGUGCAAGAUCAGGCCUCGCGUCUACAGGCCAGAUGUGGCGUUCACCCUGCUCGCGGGCCACGCGAGCUCUGGAUGGGACGUCGACAACGUCAUGUGCUUGCGCACGGCUUAUGCGCUUGGUUGCACGACCCCUAACGGCUCCUGCAUUCACUACGUCCGGCGCGAAGGCGAGAGCGUCAGGUCCACAGAGAACAAGGUGGCCCAGUUCUUCAACAAACACAAGAUUGCGAUGGCAUGCUGGGAAGUACGUCGGGCUCAAUCCACGACGUUCGAGGAUGACGUGGUCGAGCCUGACACGUGCCGCGCUGGCUCGCGGAAGAGAGGCGGCGGCGGCCCAGAGACCAGGGCUGAAGUGGAAGGCCCGUUGAAGAAGGCGCUGGGGAAGGGCACCGCGGUCGCGCCAGACGGCGGUAAGGCCUUCCACGGCGCGGCCGAAGCCGCUGGGCGCCAGGUCUUGAAGGGCGUGAACCACCAGAGGAAAAUCUUCACGCCUGCGUCCAGGUUGUUCAAGUCCAAAUUGGACAGCAAGACCACCCGCAUGCUGAGGGCGCGCACGAAGGGCAAGAAUCCCUCCGUCAGGGAGACCGCGCUCUACUCUACACUAUCAGCGGGUGAUAAUGCAGCAGAAGGUAUCACAGGCCACCUGAAGAACACAAUGCGCAGGCUGGGGAAUGUCGGCCGCAACACCUCACCAGCAACCUGCAAGAAGAACGUCCAAGCCUUGGCGUCGGCGGCCCUGCUCUGCAACGCAGGCUUGAACUCAGUGUUGACCGCGCUGAGCUUGUACAGGAUUGCUUUGUCCCGCGGCGACAUCAAUCUGUCGCCCAAGGACGCCUUUGAUGUCUCGAGCUGCAGCUCGUGGCUGAUCGACUCGCCCUAA